AUGGUGUAAUGAGGACAAUGGCUCCUGAGAAGCUACUAAAGAGUAUGCCAAUACUGCAGGGACAAAUCGAUGCACUGCUUGAAUUUGAUGUGCAUCCAAAUGAACUAACAAAUGGUGUCAUAAAUGCUGCAUUUAUGCUUCUUUUCAAAGAUCUAAUCAAACUUUUUGCUUGCUACAAUGAUGGAGUUAUUAACUUACUUGAAAAAUUUUUUGAAAUGAAGAAAGGACAAUGCAAAGAUGCUCUAGAAAUUUACAAACGAUUUCUAACCAGAAUGACACGAGUGUCUGAAUUUCUCAAAGUUGCAGAGCAAGUUGGUAUUGAUAAAGGUGACAUUCCUGACCUCACACAGGCUCCCAGCAGUCUUAUGGAGACCCUUGAGCAGCAUCUAAAUACCUUAGAAGGAAAGAAACCUGGAAACAAUGAAGGAUCUGGUGCUCCCUCUCCAUUAAGUAAGUCUUCUCCAGCCACAACUGUUACGUCUCCUAAUUCCACACCAGCUAAAACUAUUGACACAUCCCCACCGGUUGAUUUAUUUGCAACUGCAUCUGCGGCUGUCCCAGUCAGCACGUCCAAACCAUCUAGUGAUCUACUGGACCUCCAGCCAGACUUUUCUGGAGGGGCUGCAGCAGCUGCAGCACCAGCACCAGCACCACCUUCUGGAGGAGCCACUGCAUGGGGAGACCUUUUGGGAGAGGAUUCUUUGGCUGCACUUUCCUCUGCUCCCACUGAAGCACAGAUUUCAGAUCCAUUUGCACCAGAACUCACCCCUCCUACUACAACGGCUGAAAUUGCAACUGCUUCAGCUUCUGCCUCAACUACUACCACUGUCACUGCUGUCACUGCUGAAGUGGAUCUCUUUGGAGAUGCCUUUGCAGCUUCUCCUGGGGAGGCCCCUGCAGCAUCAGAAGGGGCCGCCGCACCAGCUACCCCAACCCCCGUAGCAGCAGCACUUGAUGCAUGUUCAGGAAAUGACCCUUUUGCCCCGUCUGAAGGUAGUGCAGAGGCUGCACCUGAGCUGGACCUCUUUGCCAUGAAGCCACCUGAGACCAGUGUUCCUGUAGUUACCCCUACAGCUAGUACAGCCCCUCCGGUUCCCGCCACUGCUCCUUCUCCUGCUCCCGCCGUUGCAGCUGCCACUACCGCUGUCACCACCACCGCCGCUGCCACCGCUGUCACAACCUCCGCCACCACCACCACCACCGCUCCUCCUGCUCUAGAUAUCUUUGGUGAUUUAUUUGAGGCUACUCCUGAAGUCUCCACAGCGCCUAAGCCAGAUGCUGCUCCUAGCAUAGACCUGUUUGGUACAGAUGCUUUCUCCUCUCCACCACAAGGGGCCUCUCCUGUCCCUGAGAGUUCUCUCACUGCUGACCUCCUAUCGGUGGAUGCAUUUGCAGCCGCACCUCCUGCAACCACUGCCUCUCCAGCAAAGGUGGAUUCUUCAGGUGUGAUAGACCUUUUUGGGGAUGCAUUUGGAAGUAGUGCUUCUGAACCCCAACCUGCACCUCAGGCUGCUUCUAGUUCAUCAGCAUCGGCAGACCUACUAGCUGGAUUUGGGGGUUCUUUCAUGGCCCCUUCUCCAUCACCAGUGACUCCAGCUCAGAAUAACCUGCUACAGCCCAAUUUUGAAGCAGCUUUUGGAACAACGCCUUCAACUUCUAGCAGCAGCUCCUUUGAUCCAUCAGUGUUUGAUGGUCUAGGUGACCUUCUGAUGCCAACCAUGGCACCAACUGGGCAGCCUGCACCCGUCUCAGUGGUACCACCCAGCCCCGCAACGGCAGCAAGCAAACCCCUAGGGAGUGAUCUUGACUCAUCUCUUGCCAGCUUAGUAGGCAAUCUUGGAAUUUCUGGUACCACAUCCAAAAAGGGAGAUCUUCAGUGGAAUGCUGGAGAGAAGAAGUUGACUGGGGGAGCCAACUGGCAGCCAAAAGUAGCCCCAGCAACCUGGUCCGCUGGUGUCCCAUCAAGCACGCCUUUGCAAGGAGCUGUACCUCCAACCAGCUCAGUUCCGCCUGUUGCCGGGGCUUCAUCUGUUGGACAACCUGGAGCAGGAUUUGGAAUGCCCCCUGCUGGAUCAGGCAUGCCCAUGAUGCCUCAGCAACCAGUCAUGUUUGCACAGCCCAUGAUGAGACCACCCUUCGGAGCGGCAGCUGUCCCUGGCACACAGCUUUCUCCAAGCCCUACACCUGCCACUCAGAGUCCCAAGAAACCUCCAGCAAAGGACCCCUUAGCGGAUCUAAACAUCAAGGAUUUCUUGUAAACAAUUUAAGCUGCAAUUUUUGUGACUGAAUAGAAAAAAAUUAAUGAGUUUGGAGACUUCAAAUAAGAUUGAUGCUCAGAGUUUCAAAGUGAGCCACCAGUACCAAACCCAAUGCUUACUCAUAACUUCUCUUCCAAAAUGUGUAGCACAGCUGUGAAAGUGAACAUUAGGAAUGUGUACUACCUUAGCUGUUAUCCCUACUCUCAAAAUUGUAGUGUAUUUGGGUUAUUUGUGUGUUGUACGAUGUAAACAAUGAAUGGAUGUUCCUGAUGCCUUUAGUGCUUUUCUGACCUCGCCCGUGGACGGAUGAUGCAGCUGUUGUAUGGUGAGCCAUUUGGAAAGAUGUGUCUGUGUUUUUUGAAGGUUUCAAUGUAUAUAUAACUUUUGGACAAACCUAAACUUUCCCCCUAAAUUCUCUUUUCUUCUGUAUUUCUCUUACAAACAUAAUAUAAUAUCAGAUAGUAAGGAAAACACUCUUAAAUAUACAAAAACUUUUUUUCGGUGUGGAGUACAUUUUUUCCAAUCACAGGAACUUCAACUGUUGUGAGAAAUGUUUAUUUUUGUGGCACUGUAUAUGUUAAGAAAUUUUAUUUUAAAAAAUAUAAAGGUUAAUGUCCAUAAUAAAUAUUUCUCCUUGAAGCUACCUUAUCAAGAAUGAAAAAUCUUACAGAAAGAAUUCCAUAUUUAAUCACUACUAUAUUAAAAUAUAUAUUUUAAUUAUAUUUGACAGGUUUUGCAUCUAAAUUGACCUAUUUAUUCAUUCUUGAUUAAAUGCACUGAAAAGUAAAGGGUUCAUUUCUAUCCAGUUCUAUUGUGAAAAUGCAAGCAGAGAUGUGCUAUUCAAGCAAUUUUGAAGGCACCCCAAGGUAUAUCUGUAACUUAAAGAUUACUACAGAUAAUUUUUAUUUUAUCGUGGGCUUUAUGUACAUCUGUUUUUUAGUAUUUCUUUGUGUGUUCUGUAGACUAGUGUUCCUCCAUCCCUCAAUUGAGCUCAAAGUAGGUUUUGUUGUACCAUUGUGAUUAGAAUUUAAACUAAUUCAGAGAAUUGUAUCCUUUACUGUACAUACUGUAUUUUUUAAUUUUUAAUUCGUUGUCAUACUGUCUGUGCUGAUGGCUUGGCUUAAGAUUUUGAUGCAUAAAUGAGGUCACUGUUGAUCAGUGUUGCUAGUGGCUUGGCAGCUCUUUGUUAAAGCAUAUUGGGUUGGAAAGGUGUUUGCCUAAUUUUCAAAUUAUUUAAUAGAUGUAUGGUACCAUU